CUGUGUUAGCUGCAGCUCCCCCUGUCACCAGCCUGCCUCCCACCACAGCAGGUCAGAGCAGCUGACUGCGGCCAUGGAGAUGCCUCUGUGGAGCAGUUCUGCUGAGUCUGUGCUGUUCUCGUGCUGCCUGCAGGGCAGGGUGGUGCACAUCCCAUUUCCAGGAGCUUUAACCUUUUUUUUUUCCUGUGGGUUUUUUUUGGCACGGACAAGGGAAACAAUUUGCCUGUGUUCAGAUCGCAGAGCGAGGUCUUGCUGUGGCCUGUCCUUCACUCUGUCCUUGAUAACUGUCUGGACCUUCACCCUCUGCAGUGUCUCGGCUGACGCCUUCCUGGCUGUGCUCUGGAUCUGGUGCCAGGUUCACAGACAACUCAGAGGUGGUACCUGUUAGAGCCUUCUCCUCCUUCCUUUACUCAGGCCUCAAAUCUUGCUCCUGAGCAGGUGCAGCACUCUGGUCCUGCUGCUUGGGGACAGCCCUGUCCUGUCACCAGCUGCCAUUUAGUAGGUUUUCUAUUUAUUUAUUUUGUAUUUUAAACCUCAUUAAACUCUUCCUCCAGAACACACUUAGCACGGGACAAGGUAUCACCAUAGUGAUUUAAGUAACCCCAGUUUAAAACACACACAUUCUGAUGCCCAGUUAAUACAACCCUAAACCCUGCUUUUAAUUGGAAUGUGGAGAAAAGAUGCAAUAAAAUGGCCCAAGUGUUUGCUUCAUCUGGUUUCCAAUUUUAAACCUCAGGGCAAACCAACACAUGCAAAGAUGAAGCAGAAUCUGGUCACUGAGCUCUUCUGUCGUGUGGGUCUGGCCCCCAGUGCCAGGAUUUGAGCACCUGUGGUGGCUGCUGACUGCCUGGGGCAGAGCUUGUUUUCCACACAUGACCCCGCACCCAAAACCUCUUUUUUUGUUCCGUUUUCUGCUGCAGCCACCAGCCCAGCUGCGCUGUGCGCAGGGCAAGAUUUGCUGAGCAGGGACAGUUUGUUCCGGCCGUGACCUUCCUUUGUCAGCAGGCCAGAAUCUAAAGGCCGUAAGCAGAGGAGCUGCUGAUGGCAGCUCGGAGCCCUCACUCCCGCGUUUAUGACCCUUUUACGGCCGGGCUGACGCCAUCACCCAAGCUCCAGCCGGACUUCGGGAGCGUCACAGCGGCUGCCUGUGGCUGCUGCGCUGGGAGAGCUGCCCCGGGCCACGGCAAGCAGCGUGGCUCGGCGGCGGGCAGGGAGCUGCGGGCACUGCGGGCAGGGCGCUGCGGGCACUGCGGGCAGGGAGCUGCGGGCACUGCGGGCAGGGCGCUGCGGACACUGCGGGCAGGGAGCUGGGGCCGCGGGGGGUGCCCCGCACGCGCCUGCGCAGCUCGGCCUCGGCCCCAUUCACAAAGAGCGAGCGGCGAGCCCGCGCCCGCUGAUUGGCUGCUCCCCGCGCGGGGCGGAGCCAAUGGCAGGGCGGCCACGCGGCGCGGGCGGGGAACGGCUCAGAGCGGGGAGCGAACGGGAGCGCGCAGCCCCAGCACCAUGUCCGUCAGCAGCCACGAGAAUCGGAAGUCCCGCUCGAGCUCGGGCUCCAUGAACAUCCAGCUCUUCCACAAGCCGGGCCACGCCGACAGCCUCCUGACGCAGCUGAACCUGCUCCGCCAGCGGCGGCUCUUCACCGACGUGGUGCUGCGUGCCGGGCACCAGGCCUUCCCGUGCCACCGCGCCGUCCUGGCCGCCUGCAGCCGCUACUUCGACGCCAUGUUCAGCAGUGGCCUCAAAGAGAGCAGAGAUGAUGUAGUCAACUUCCACGACACCGUGCACCCCGAGGUGCUGGAGCUGCUGCUGGACUACGCCUACUCAGCCCGGGUGCUGAUUAACGAGGAGAACGCAGAGUCCUUGCUGGAGGCCGGGGACAUGCUGCAGUUUCAGGACAUUCGGGAUGCUUCGGCUGACUUUCUGGAGAAGAACCUCUACCCUGGGAACUGCCUGAACAUGCUGCUGCUGUCCGACGCCCACUGCUGCGAGCGGCUGCUGGAGCUGUCCUGGAGGAUGGCGUUGGCCAACUUCACCUCGCUCUGCAAGACCGAAGACUUCCUCCGUCUGCCCAAAGGCAAACUGCUGGAGCUGGUGAAGAGCGAAGAGCUGGAGGUGGAGGAUGAGACGUUGGUCUACGAAGCUGUUAUGGGCUGGAUCCGCUACGAUUUGCCCCGGCGACACGAGGACCUGCCAGAGCUGCUGCGCUCAGUCCGUCUGGCCCUGCUGCCCGAGUCCUACCUGCAGAACCAAGUGGCCUGCGAGGAGCUGGUGACCAGCCACAAGCUGGGGAGGGAGAUCGUGGCCGAUGCCGUGCGAUGCAAACUGAAGAUCCUGCAGAACGAGGGCCUGGUGACAGGCUGCUGCGCCCGGCCCCGCAAGGUCAGCCAGGCCCUGCUGCUGCUGGGCGGCCAGACCUUCGUGUGCGACAAGAUCUACAUGCUGGACCCGAAAUCCAGCGAGAUCAUUCCUCGUGCUGACAUCCCCAGCCCCCGUAAGGAGUGCAGCGCCUGCGCCAUCGGCUGCAAGGUUUACAUCACCGGCGGCAAGGGCUCCGAGAACGGCGCUUCCAGAGACGUCUGGGUGUACAACACCUUCCACGACGAGUGGGCAAAGGCUGCUCCCAUGCUGGUGGCACGGUUUGGCCACGGCUCUGCUGAGCUGGACCACUGCCUGUACGUGGUGGGGGGUCACACGGCCGUGAGCGGUGCCUUCCCAGCCUCUCCCUCUGUCUCCCUCAAGCAAGUGGAGCACUACGACCCGCAGCUGGACAAAUGGUCCCUGGUGGCUCCUCUCCGAGAAGGUGUGAGCAACGCCGCUGUGGUGGGAGCCAAGAUGAAGCUGUUCGUGUUCGGUGGCACCAGUGCCAACCAGGAGAAGCUGCCCAAAGUGCAGUGCUUUGACCCCUGCCAGAACCGCUGGACAGUGCCCACCAGCUGCCCUCAGCCCUGGCGGUACACGGCCGCUGCCGUGGUGGGCAGCCACAUCAUUGUCAUCGGGGGGGACACGGAGUUCUCUGCCAGCUCUGCUUACCGCUUCCACAGUGACACCUACCAGUGGUCCAAGUUUGGGGACGUCACCGCCAAGCGCAUCAGCUGCCGCGCUGUGACCUCGGGGAACAGGCUGUACGUGGUGGGAGGCUACUGCGGGGCUCAGCGCUGUAAAACGCUGGACUGCUACGACCCCACCUCCGACACCUGGAGCAGCGUCACCACCGUGCCUUACUCCCUCAUCCCCACCGCCUUCGUCAGCACCUGGAGGUACCUCUCUGCCUGAGCCCCUGGCGUGGGCAGGACCCCGCAAGGUAAAGAAGUUGUGGAUCACCCCAGGGCUUCUCUGUCUAACUUUGUGCUGCACAGCACUGAACCCUGAGGGGAGAUGCAGGUGGAUGUGGACUGGAGCUGUCCUAGAGGCAGCCUCGCGUGAAUGGCAGCUCCAGCACUGUGCUUCCAGGCUGCUGGUGUGGGAUUGAGAACCCUGAAGGAGAGAGAACUUCUCUUUAGGCUCUUCAGUAUAAAUAACAGGACACUGAACCUGGCAUCUCAGCCCUUCUGCUGAGCCUUGGCCUGCGCAAAGAGUCUGGGGAAUGCUGUCUGAGGAGGAUUGGGUGUCCCCCCCACCGGGUGCAGCGGGCUGGGGGGGUGCAGGCUGUCUGCAGGAGCAGGGACAGACCGCAUGGUGCCACAGGGGACCGGCUGCUGCUUUUAGCACAGCCUGCUCCUGGUGCCAUGGGUAAGCUGCUGGUGGAACCCAAAUGUCUUGUGAGGGCUGUGAGCUGGUGCCAGAACAAGAUUAUAGCUGGGAUUUAGUCCCAGAAUGGUUGGUAAGUGCUUUUGUAAGACAAGCCCUGUCUACAUAUAAACACAGGGUUUCUCUGCUUCUAAUUAUUCUCUGGUGUCCCUUUCAGGGCACUUUUUUUUCCCCCUGCUACACAACAAUUAUCUCCUUUACAGUUUGCAGCUGGAAUGAAACCUUUCUAAAGGCUCUUGGCAGAAAAGGUGCCAGUGGAUUGCAGCUCCCAGCAGGGCCUUUCCUUUUCCUUUUGUGAGAGAUGCUGUGCCCAAGUGGAUGUGGUUCAUGUAAUAAAGUCUCUGCCAUGCUUCAGAGGCCUCCUCGCUGCAGAGAGAAGCAAGCAGCCACUCACCAAGACAGCAGCCUUGGAGGUUUUGAGGCCUGGGCAGUGUUGUUGGACUUGCUGCAUGCUGGUCUCAUAACAGCCUCUUUGCACUGCAGGCUUCACACAUGAUCUUUUUUCCAUGUCCUGCUCCAGACAUGGGCAAUAGGAGCACCCAGCAGGUCUGUGCCCUGAGUGCCAGCUCCUGCACUGAUCUUGGGCAGCCUCUGAGCCACUUCAAAUCCCCUUCCUUAGAGCAAAGAGGAGAUGAGCACAGAGGCACCUCCUUGGGCUGGCAGCUUGGACUGUCCCCUGAGAUAGCAGAAGGCUGCCAAAUGUUCUCCUGACCAAUGUGCACUCAGCAGGAGCUAGAGGAAUAUUUUCUACUUCUUCCAUUGAAUAUUUUGGGUUAAGGACAAAGGAAGCUUCUAAGUUAACUUGCAGCAGGCUCUGGACUGCUGUGCUGUGACCUUGCAUGCAGGCAGCACCAGAGGCCUGAAACGUUCAACACAUGACAGAAGUUUACCCCUGGGCUGGGUCUGUACUUUUUGGUUUUUUAUACAGCAGUUGUGUGUUUAUUACUCAGCCUGGAGCUGCUUCAAUAAAUCUGAAUGAAAUCAA